AUGCCCCUUCGAUUCAUUCACGCCGCCGACCUCCAUCUGGAUAGCCCGUUCACGGGCAUCAGGGCAGCGGCUCCGGAAAAUGUCGCAAAGGCGCUUCACUCGGCCACUUUCGACUCCUACAACAACAUCGUCGACCUCUGCAUUUCCGAAUGUGUGGAUGCCCUGCUGGUGGCCGGGGACAUUUACGAUGGUGCGGACCGCAGCCUGCGUGCCCAGCGCGCUUUCAUCCAAGGUCUGCAGAGGCUGGAUGCCGCCGGAAUACGAUCCUUCGUUUGCCACGGGAACCAUGACCCGCUGGACGGCUGGGAGGCACGGCUGUCGUAUCCCGACGGGUGCCACCGGUUCGGCGCUGACUUCUCGCCGGCGCCCGUCUUCCCCGACGAGCCGGAGCGUGCCUUGGUCUAUGGCGUCAGCUAUCCUACCCGGGAUGUGUACGAGAACUUGGUGUCGCGUCUCGGGCAGGUGGACGAGAGCGCGUUCACCAUCGGUCUGCUGCACGCCAAUGUGGGCGGCAACUCUGACCACGCGCCCUAUUCCCCCUGCUCACUGGAUGAUCUGGCGCGAGCGGGGAUCGACUACUGGGCGCUGGGCCAUGUUCACACCCGCCAAGUCCUACGAAACCGAACUCCGACGGUGGUGUACCCCGGCAACUCUCAAGGUCGGCAUCCCAACGAAACCGGAGCCCGGGGCGCCUACCUGGUGGAAGUUGACGACCGCGGAAACAGAUUGCUGGAUGGCGCAGAAGGCAGGUCGGUGGUCGCCCGCAUGACCCUGACUGGGCGGGGUGAGUUGAACCGGUUCCUGCGCCAGCCAGCUGCACUGGACGAUCUCCUGGCGGAAGUCAACGACCAACGGGCCCAGCGUCUGCCGUUUGUUUGGUGCGAACGGAUCGAAAACGAAACCGCGGCGGCCAUAGACCGCGACGCCAUACGGUCCGGCGAGGAUUUCCUGGCCGAGGUGCUGCGCACCGCCGAUCAGCUCAGGGAGACCCCCGAGACGUUCCGCGACGGACUUGCCGAUCUCUACCGACACACUCGAUACCGGCGCUAUCUGACCACUUUGACCGACAAAGAAAUCGCGGCGCUGCUCGAUGAGGCGGAGGCCCUGGCCGUCAAUUUGCUGGCUGAGGAGGAUGACUGA